GACUUUUAACCACUUCUGUAAGUCCUUUCUUAACUUUCUAGUAAAAUUUGAAAGUAAUGUCUAAUAUGAUUUUUCACCAACUAUGUUAUACAAGUAUGUUUAAAAUUAAUUAUUAAAAGUUUGAUCUUAACCUUUAGAGAUUUAUAGAGUCCAGUCCUCUGUCCUUCAUAAUUUUUUUGUUUUCUUAUUAGCUUUGAUUUUAAUAGUACCUGUUCCAUGUGUUCUGGAAUGACAGAAGCAGUUGCAAACUGAUUGGCCAGAUCCAUAGUGUCAUUCUGAGCUGAUGACUUUGACUCUGAAGUAGUUUUACCCAUUGAUGGCUAAUGCCAGCUUUUUGUCUUAGAAACUCUUCAAAGGUAAUGGACUGAGGGAUAAAGAGAGUGCACAGCAAGUUGGCUGUCACAUGCAAAUAGGUGUGACUAAUUGUUUUUCUGGAGCAGUGCGUCCUUACUUGUUCUGGAUGGUAGCACAAAACCCCAAACCUUUAGUUAAACAUAUCCUGUACCUUGUAUGCAGCUCACUAGUGUGACUGGCUAGAAACCUGUUUUGUUCUCUGUAUUUUUUGUGGCAUUUUGGCACAUCUUCUUUAAUUCCUGAAUUGGUUUCUUUUGGAGCUUUAAAAAAAGAUUAAAACACCCCCUUAUAAGAUGUAGGAUGAAAAAAAUUAGGAAUCAGUUUUAAAAGCAUCUAAAAUAAGCUUUUCACUUUAAUUAUGUUUCUUAAGGAAAAAGUGUUGUGAAAUGAUUAGAAAUGUUAGUCAUUAGCUGGUUUUGCAGUGAAAAAGGCGUAAGUGCUUCUAAGUUUUCGGUGUUUUUUCUUCUCCCUCUAAAAAAUAUAUGAAAGUUAGGUACAACCUAAUCCUGUUAACUAGAUUUGGUCUGUAGUAACUCUGGAAUUAAUGGAGUUCUUUUAAGGAAGAGUGUCUUAUUGCUGUAGCUUCCUGGUGUAGUGUCUUCAGUUUUAUUGCUAUCCUUGAUAUGAGAUAAUGAUUCUCUGCUUUCUGCCCAGAUUUGGUUGUCACUUGGUGCAUGAUUCCAGUUGCACCUGAAGUCUCAGUAGUCUGCACCAGCUGCUCUGUAGAGUUUUACUUUGGUUUUUCUUAGCUGUUGGUCACUGUAAAUGUGAGCACAUUUUACUGUUUUGGGGAGCCCCUGUGCUUCUGUUUGUGUUUGGGGCUGUGGGGAGGGGUGGGGGCAAUGUAUCGCCUCAAGAUUUCCACAUUAGUGUGUGUCACUCAAGCUUACAGGCACACUGCUACACAAAGUGGAUUUCCUUUCAUCAAGGGUAGAUACCACUCUGAGGCAGUUCAGCUUUUCCCUCUGUGUUUUGUAAGCUAAUUUUUUGUACUGACAAAAUUCAUACUUUGAAGAUACUGUGAAUUUUUUAAUUUGACAUCUUUAAACUAAUAUUUAAUUUUAUUUAAUAAUUUAAAAUAUUCAAUGACAUAUUUAAUGUCAGCAGGCUUGAAAAAAUACUUAGAAGUCUAAAGUGAUGUCAAGUCUUGAAAUCUGAAGACUUCAGUGUGGGCUGAAAGCCCAUGUAGCUGAAGGGCUGGUGCACAGUGAAUGUAAUGUCUGAUGUUUGAAAACCUGCUCACUGAGGGAGGUGUGCUCCUUAGUGUGUGUGUAUGGAAUCCUUGGGAGCAUGUGUCACUAGGAGUGGUGUAGACUAUGAGCACAAGAUUUGAAUACCUCAUAUUAAAAUAAGAAAAAGGAGCCUAAUUAAUUAAUUUGAAACAUAAGGCAUGAAAUGUGAAGUCAUGCGUGCAAGUCAAGCAAGGACAGAAUAACUGCCAUGGACCAUUGGUUUUGUGUUGAGAGGACAAAGAGAUGGGCCCAUGGGCACAGUGAUUAUCUUCAAUGACAUGGUGGUAGUUUUCUACCCUGAACAUUUAUUUAUUGGACAGUGUAGGUUUUCAGUGUCAGUAGAUGCAACACUCAGACAUCUGAGACCUGAAGCUUUCGAAAUUUACCUGAGAUUUGUCAUGUUAAACCUUUAGUGUUAGAGGGAUUGACUGAGAGGUUAGAGAAAUCCAAGGUUACUUCAUCCAGUUCUGGUAAUGUCAUCUUGAACAAAAAAUACCAUUUCAGAAGGCAGAGAUACCUUUUUUGAAUAAAAGUGAUUAACUUAUCGAAGCCUGUUGUGAUUAAAACCCCCAACUGCACGUUUGGAGAGAGGAGGAAGGAAGGAAUGUAAUGUCUUGACAGUAUCAAAAAAAAGGCAGCAAAGUUAGCUGAGGUCUGCAAGUGUAGACUUGGGGGUUUUUGCACUGCAUUGUCAGGUGGUGAGAAAGGGCCCUUUGGCUGACUAAACUGCAGUGCCUCAGAGGAUGGCUGAUUCUCUCCAUCACAUUUUUGCUGUCUUGCAUCCAGGGUAGUUUGUUUUAUGCAGUCAGUAUUACCUGUUAUUAAGCUGUAAGCUGUCCCCUUUAAAAAUAAAAUGAAAAAAUAAAAACCCAGGUUGUGUUGAUGAUACUCAAAAAUUUCAGCCAAGUCCUUUGUCAGAAGACUGUCUAGUCUGGCAGUGGCACACCAGAAUCAAUUGCUGGAAGCUGAAGAUGAACUAGUAAGUGGAAAUUGGUGCAAAUAAAUAUAAUUGCUUCAACAUACAACUAAAGAAAAAAAUGAGUUCUUCUCUAAGACUGAAAGCCUUUUUGAAGGUGUUAUUAGACAGCACAGAUCCUUGCAUAGAUGGGGUGACUGGAUGGAUAGAUAAUGAUUCAUGAUGUUCAGGCAUAUAAUAUCUAUUUACUCCCUCUGUGUUCAGAGACUCAUGGGUUAAUGACAUUGUUCCAUCUUUGCAGUUUGGUCAGUAUAGCAGACAAGGAAAAUGGUGUGGGCUUAGUAUUUUUUCUGCACCAUUCUUCCUCAGUGUCAAGAGACUGAGAAGAGGAGACAGGACCAUCAUUCCUUAGGAUCCCACAGGUCCAAGGAAUCUGAAGGCAGUGGAUAUGUGAGGGCCUGUCAACAAGCUUCAGUGCCCAUUCCAAGAAUACUCCAGUAGUGAAGAGAAGAAAGGAAAAAAGAAAAGGGGGGAAAACCCCACCAAAACACCAAAAACUGUUCUGGCUUUGAACCUUGCUGCCUUCAACAUUAGCUGAAUGAUCAGCAGUGAAACUGCCCUGGUGCCAAGACUGUGGCACAGUCCUCUUAAGCUGUGGUGCAAAAUCAGUCCGUUCUCAGCCUGCUUCUGGUGAAACUUGGAAUCUAUAUCUCCAUCUUGGGAAGUCUUCAGUCACUCCUUUCUCUGUGUUGGAACACAGCCUUUUGGAACUGAAGAUGAGAUCUCAAGGAUUUCUAGGAUUGUUCUCGCUACACUGCAGGUUAUCAGUUAUCUUGAACACCCAUGAUCCUUACUAAUCUUUUGUGGAAAUUGCACUGUCAAAUCCUUGAAAUAUCCCAUAGUAUCUGUAUGCACAUGCCAUUGCUUAAAUCAGGCUGAGAAAGACAAAGUCAGCAGAAGAGGAAGUGAAAAAUGCAUCAGCUUUUUCAGAGGCUAUUCUCAUGAGGAAAAUUUAAAUCUUAAUGGUGUGGAAAGAUGUGAAACACCAGCUGCACUCCAGCACUGCUACAGGCGGUCUUCCCGUUCUGAACUUUGACCUCAGGCUUUUAUGGGCCUGUUCCCAAGCCUUCAGUACUUUCAAGAAGGUAAAGCCACCAGGACUGCUAUGACCUGAAUGCCUACACCAUGGACUCCUCCAGCCCUUUCCAGAUACAACAGGCACCCUCCAGCAUCUCUCUGCUCAGAGCCUGGGGCUUUUUGCUUUUGCCAGAAGGACUUCAGCAAGCUUCUCUCUUCUGAUGCUGACUGGCUUAUCUGCAAUCUCCUCUUCCUGGGGAAUGCUUACACCUUGUCAGGGUCCAGGCAUAGCCAAAUAUCAGCUCCUAAUGGGGACUUGGCAGUCACAUUUUCAUGAGCAUCCCAAGAUCCAAGAUAAGCUGUGUUGAAGAAAAGACUCAGGUAUCUUGGAAUUGCAAGCAGUUGAAUUGUGUGGCUAUGCCAAAUAAAAAGCUUUUUGGUUUCCAGUUGGCAGUUUCUUGGAGACAGCCUUUCAGGAGGUGUGUCAGACAGCAAGUCCUGUUUCAAAAUAUUGAUGACUGUUUCACUGAUCCGUGUCUUAUGGCUGCUUCUGCAGCAGUGAGACAGGAUGGAUGUUUUAAAUCACUCCUGAAUGCUAAAAUCUAAACUGGUCAUUCACGGCUGGUGUCGUAGCCAUCGGUCCUGCGGCUUGUGAGUUAUAAGAGCAGCUCUGCUGGCUUGUUUUAGCCUCUGCUUCAAGACUAUGUAAAUUUUGGAGAUGCACUUUCCACUACUAGAAUGGGAAUAAACCACCAGAAUAUAGGAACCAAAAUUCAUUAGAUUUAAUUUCACUGAUGGAUUCUGCUAAACCAAAGCUGCCCUACAUGGAACAGUUUGGGACAGAUAUUUUCAGUUGUGCCUUGUGUUAUCAAAGGCUUCAGUUGUGAGCUGAAAUUUCUUGUUGCUUUUGGCAGUAAUUAUUAUUUAGCUGUAAAUAAGUUGAAACAGAAUCAUACUACUUAUAGUAUAGAUUUAUUUAGCACAGUAAUUUUUGAUUACGGCUAAAAUGUGUGUUUCAAGAUGUGAUUCUUUUCUUCCAGGUAGCACUGAUUUCAAGUGAUAGUGUCAAAGUAAGAAUUCAAUGAAGGCUGCAUUCAAUCUGCGGUUAAACCCCUUGUGCCCAGCUAUUCCAUUAAAUGCAUGUUACACAAGCAAGGAUUUGGCACAGACAUCCUAUUUCAUGGCUACCAACAGCCUUCAUCUUACCACAUUCUGUCUUCAGUACAAGCCUACAGUGAUAGCAUGUGUGUGCAUUCACUUGGCCUGCAAGUGGUCCAACUGGGAGAUUCCAGUAUCAACUGAUGGAAAACACUGGUGGGAAUAUGUAGAUCCCUCAGUUACUCUAGAACUACUAGAUGAGCUAACUCAUGAGUUUCUGCAAAUACUGGAGAAAACACCUAGCAGGCUCAAGAGAAUUAGAA